AUGACACGCACCCGAGUUCAUCCAGAAAAGAGAAAGAGAAAGAAGAGGCGAUUGGGUGGAAACCCCGGGUUGAAGCGUUGCAGACAUCACGGCUAUUCUAAGAUACUCUCGCUCUCUCAUUCAUGUCCCAACUGUACGACGGGCGGUUUGCGUAAAUCUCGCCAACCCUUCGCCGCACGGUGGGCGUGGUGCGCUGCCUUCCGAAGAAUCAAAAGGGUUCCCACUGUCGUUUCCAACUACCAAAAAGACGACGCUGGAGACUCUACUCGUCCCGUCGGAGGUUGUGGUCGGAAUUGCCUCAAAGCUUGUUGCAUUCCAGAUGCAAAGCUGCCUUUGUAUGCUUUUAAGAAGGUUAAUGGAAAGGAUUUGUCUCAGCGUGAAUGCGGGGAACUUCCCGUAGCAUUCCUGGAUUCGCUUCUUCUUGGAGAGUGGGAAGAUCGCAUGCAGAGAGGACUUUUCCGCUAUGAUGUUACUGCCUGUGAAACAAAGGUGAUUCCUGGAGAAUAUGGCUUCGUUGCUCAGCUUAACGAGGGUCGUCACCUCAAGAAGAGACCAACUGAAUUCCGAGUUGAUAAGGUCCUCCAGCCCUUUGAUGAAAACAAAUUCAACUUUACCAAAGUUGGGCAAGAAGAGGUCCUCUUUCAGUUUGAAGCUAGCGAUGACGGACAAGUCCAAUUCUUUCCAAAUGCUCCAGUUGAUGUUGACAAUUCUCCCAGUUUUGUUGCCAUCAAUGUCAGUCCUAUUGAAUAUGGGCAUGUUUUGCUGAUUCCACGCAUAUUCGACUGUUUGCCCCAAAGGAUUGACCGUGAUAGCUUCCUGCUUGCACUUCACAUGGCAGUGGAAGCUGAUAAUCCAUAUUUCCGAUUGGGUUACAACAGCUUGGGUGCUUUUGCAACUAUUAACCAUCUCCAUUUCCAGGCUUACUAUUUGGCUCUGCCCUUUCCCAUUGAGAAGGCCCCAACUAAGAAAAUUGCAAAUUUAAAUGGUGGGGUGAAGAUAUCUGAACUGUUGAAGUAUCCAGUCAGAGGUCUUGUCUUUGAGGGCGGUGAUACUCUGGAAGAUUUAUCAAAUGUUGUUUCAGAUGCUUGUAUAUGUCUUCAAAACAACAACAUACCAUUCAAUGUUCUUAUUUCUGACUGUGGGAAGCAAGUCUUUCUGUUACCACAGUGUUAUGCAGAGAAACAAGCUCUUGGAGAAGUGAAUGCUGAGCUUCUUGACACCCAAGUGAACCCUGCUGUGUGGGAAAUUAGUGGGCACAUGGUUUUAAAGAGGAAGAAAGAUUAUGAUGAGGCAUCUGAAGGCAAUGCUUGGAGGCUUCUUGCAGAGGUGUCCCUCUCUGAAGAGAGGUUUCAAGAAGUCAAUGACCUUAUUUUUGAAGCCAUUGGCUCUGAUGAAUUGGAUGAUACUGUUCAAUGUGACAAGGAAGUUGAUGCAGUCAACUCAAGUGCACACCCUACUGUGGUGGUUGCUGGUUCACAAGAAUGUGUUGUUCUACAGUCACGUGUUUUAUGUAUUUACCUUUAUAUGCCUUUACGAAUCGUUCAUGUGGAAGUUGAUGAAAUAACUGCUCACCUGAGUAGUGUUGGUGAUUUGGGAUAUCAUAGUGCUUGA